AUGAUGGAGGAAAUAAGUGAGUGUCUUAAACAGCAACGUAAGCUUCAUUACACGGGGUGCCUGGAUAUAACCAGAAAUUCUAACGUGUAUGGUCACAUUGAGUUUUCUAACGCAAUGCCCGUACUCCAACUGGCUGCACGGCUGCCGGAUUUCAGAUUCAGAAUGUACAGAAACAACAUGGUUAAUUCAAUUAUACAUCGUAUUGAAAAUGGAGUUGGUGAAGUAGAACGAUGUCUUGAAUGCCCCGAAUACACUUCAACUAACGAUUUACUGGAACAGCUGAACAGAGUUUUGGAAGAGGCGGCCACCAACAUAAUUAAAUUCUUGGAUAUCAUUCAGUAUACAGGAUAUUCCAACAAUUUGGAGAACGCACUGCGCCAAUGUGGCACUGAUCUCGAUUACAAGCAGCAGGAUUUACAAAAAGAAGAGAUGGUCAAAAUACAUCAGAAUUUAAUGAGAAGAAUCAACAACGCCUCUGAUACCACUCUUCAGUCUCUUGGUAAAAUUACAAAAGACAGUAUAACUGGAACAAGGAAAAUAGUUGAAAUGAUGCUUACAGAGAUAAAGGCUUUAGCUCAAAGUUUAAAAAAUCUCAUGUAUAAACCUUUGAAAUGCCCAAAGCAUUUAAAUUCGUUGCCCAGUAGCUGCUUAUGCAUUGCUGCUAAGUUGGAACUUAUUGCAUGGAUGGGUACUUUCCGCGAAAGGAAUGCAUUUGAAAACUUUCUACCUGAGGGAUACAAGCUCAAAGUCAAGAACCAUGACAUGUGUGUUAGGACUACAACAAUGAUGCUGGAGUACCGCGCAUUUGUGUAUAGAGCGAAAAUAAACGGUAGUAACGAGUCAACACCCACGCACCCUUUCCUCAGGAUCAACGUAACGAACUCUGUAAAGGAAACACAAGUGAAACAAAAGACGUUAACGCCCAUAUGGAACCAGGUCUUGAAAGUACAUAAAAUGCAAUGCACGAACCAGAGCAGACUUAAAACCAGUCCACCCACAGCUUUGGUUGAAGUGAAUCACAGUGAUUUAUCGGGUAAGACGGAAUUGAUCGGGCGCUUCGAGUUGACACCCAUUGUUGACGACAGACAAGAUUACGAAUAUGCGCCGAAACUGAAAUGGUACGAUAUGAUGAAAGGAGCCGAGACUACUGGCCAAGUUCUAAUGUCUUUUCAAGUUCUACAGGUACCAGAGAAAUUAUUAAAGACUACAGUUUAUAGUCCUAUUGAAGAAACUUUUUAUGAAUCCGGUGUGAGGGACCUUGAGAGUCCAGAAGAGAUUGAACCUUUGCCACCGCACCUUAUUCCGAAAUAUAGCACAUACAAAGUUGAUAUAUAUUGGUGGGGACUGCGAGAUGUGAGUGUAACUAGAAAACCGUGCGUGGUCCUCGAAAUAGAAGACCUUGCGUUGAAGUCUGAUAUAAUAACGGACAAGAAAAACAAUUGCAACUUCCCCAACGGUCGUAUUUCACAAACUUUUGAAGCAUCACUCGACGAAGUUCACUAUCCGCCCCUAAAUAUCAGACUUUAUGACAGCAGCACUUUCGGUAGAACUCUUUUCUUUGGCACUUACGUCGUUAAAAACCCUAUGAAAUAUUUUAUCCAAUGGUUGCCUAAGGAUGAACGAGAAGCUUCGCUAAAACGAGCUUCGAUAAUGUCUUCCAGUUUUAUUGAAGUGGGUCAGUCCCUAUUUGUUAAAAGAAGUAGCCCUUUAACUAAAGAAAGUUCAGAGUCUCUUAUGAACGCAGUUAUGGAAGGCAAACAUCAAGUGAAACCUAGAAAAUGGCGAAGACUAUUUAGUAAGAAGGAACCUAACGAAGAAGAGUAUACAUUACUACCAAUGCUUACAAAUAAGGAAAAAAAAGAAGUUGUCAAGGAAGCAACACCAUGUGAGCAUAAGGACUGGUGGAUGAGAUACUUAUAUUCUCAAAAGGAAUGCUUUGGAGAAGAUAAUGUCAAUGCGGAAGAUAAAAUUUCGAUUUACGAUUCUGAAUUGGAGCUACAACCAGAGUUUUCAAAAUUCAAAGACUGGUGUUCUACACUAAAGCUAUACAAUGGGAAUAAAACUGGCAUACCAGAAAAAGACGAACAACUUUAUUGUGGAUUUUUGAAAGCUGGUAUUGCUUUAUAUAAGUGGCCUCCGCCAGCUACAACCGUCCCUGUUAGUUCCAAUGGUGUUGAACUAAAUUGUGGAAUGUAUGAAUUUAGUUGCAGUCUUCCCGAAGACUAUCUUUUAUCUGUGUCUGUUUACGACUGCGAUAAUGAACUGGAGGACGAGUUAAUAGGCUCUACCAACGUUGACUUAGAAGAUCGGAUUUAUUCCAAGCACAGGGGACGUGUUGGACUUUCAGUUGAAUAUAAUAUGUACGUAGAAGUUGGGCCCAGCAAGUGGCGCGACUGCAUCAAACCUUCUGCCAUUCUUGAAGAUCUAUGCCAGAAGAACCACAUCCCUGCACCCAUUUAUCCCGAUACAGCAACUGUUCUUGUAAAUGGUGUAGAAUAUAGAGACAACGAACGAGAUAAAGUUUAUGGUUCACCAGUGGAACGUAGAGAAAACAUUUGUUUAACGCUUUUGCGCAAUUGGCACACACUGCCGGUAUGUGGAUAUCAUUUGGUUCCGGAACAUGUUGAAACUAGGACUCUAUAUAAUCCUGCAAAACCUGGAGUCGAAACGGGUAAAAUACAUAUGUGGGUGGACAUAUUUCCACUGGAUCCCGGUUUGUUUAUUCCAUGCCCUAUUGAUAUAACUCCACGAAAAAUCGAAGAUUUUGAACUGAGGGUCACUGUGCUCAAUGUAAAUGGAUUAAAGUUUAAGGAAGAACAGUCUGAAAAAAAGGCAUCUGAAAUUUACGUCAGAGCUUGGAUCGGUUCUGUCGAUCAGGUUCAGCGAACAGAUGUCCAUUUUAAUUACCCAGGCGGAGUGUGCAAUUUCAACUGGCGCAUGGUAUUCAACUUUCAAUACCAGCACGCUGAAGGAAAGUUAGUAACCAAGGAAAAAGGACCAUUUACAGAAAUCGAAGAGCGCAUACCUCCAGUUCUUAUAGUUCAAGUAUUAGAUGGAGAUGCGACCUGUUCAGACGAUUUUAUGGGCAACGAACUGGGUUCUCUACAUCUGAACUUGAACUCAAUGCCGCGUGGUGUAAACCUUGCGCAGUUAUGUACUCUCAAUACAAUUGAGAAAACGAAAAAAAUUAGUAUGUUCGCCGUGAGGUCUGUGCGGGCGUGGUGGCCUUUGAAAUUAAUCGAUAGGAACAACGGAAGCGAUAUACCUGCUGGAGCAAUUGAAUUGGAUUUGUCACUAUUGCCUAAAGAAACUGCAAUUUUAAUGCCAUGUUGUGUUGGAAGAGAAUCGCCAUACUCUAUAAUUCCACCGUCGUAA